CCUUUAUCGCCGAACCCUUCCCGACGAGACCACCCUGAAAAAGACAGCCAUCACAGAUCUUACCAUCCGGUGGCAUAUAUUAAAUUUCCAGCCCGUAGCUAGCCGCCUAGGAGCAGAAGGGAGGCCUCUCUCCUCUUGUCUCGGAUAAAACAGCUACCUACCUUCCGCCCUGACGGGUGGUCGGUCAAUGAGUCAACACUCGCCAUGACAUUCGACCUCACCACCCUAGAUGCCCAUGAGCAGCCGGACGACGAGCUAAAGGCGACCUGGAAAAAGUAUUCGAGAACCGACCAUGCCGACUUCGUCAGCCAUCCCGAUAUCGACGAGCUCGACCCUGCGAAUAGCCGGGGAUCGUUUCAGCUAGCUGGACACAUCCCUCACGAGAGACUCGUAAGCUCCUUCAGCCAGCUCGAGGGCGACGGCUGGGACGCCACGCGCACGCUUUCGGACGCCCCUAUCUAUUUCCACCCCUUACUUCCCGGCUUGCUCAUAUUCCCCUCCCUCAUCCCCCUGAGCACACAGAAAACGCUGCUGUCUCGCAUGAUCCACCGGGACCUGAGUAACCCCGUCCACCAAACUAACCUACACCUCCACUUCGGCCUUCCGUACCGGGAGGAAGAAGCGGUGGGCGAGGAGGACGUCACCGCGCGAUCCUUCUUCUCCUAUCCUCCGGACUCCCCCGCUAGAUUUACCCCCAAGGACUCAACUGUGCACAAGCCCCUGUCCAUCAAGCAGGUCCUAGAUCGGAAACUGUCCUGGGUCACGCUCGGCGGGCAGUAUGACUGGACGAACCGGGAGUACCCGGACCGACCGCCACCGGCCUUCCCGCCGGACCUUGCAGACUUCCUGCAUACGCUGUUCCCGGAUACGCUCGCGCAAGCCGCUAUCGUUAACUUUUACACGCCGGGCGACACGAUGAUGUUGCAUCGUGACGUGAGCGAGAUGACGGACCGGGGCCUCGUUAGUCUCAGCAUCGGAUGCGAGGCCCUGUUCAUGAUCUCCCCCAAUAACUCCGCCAAGCACAGCGGCAGAGCGCCUGCUGAUGGUGAGGGCAACGGCGAUAGCGCGCCCAAAAAACCGUAUCUCCUCCUACGCCUGCGCUCCGGCGAUGCCAUCUACAUGGCCCAAGAGUCCCGCCACGCCUGGCACGGCGUCCCCAAAGUCCUCAAAGGUACCUGUCCGGCCGCCCUGGCUGACUGGCCGGCGGAGGGGGGUGGCAAGUUUGAAGGGUGGAAGGGGUGGAUGCGCAACAAGCGCAUCAACCUGAACGUUAGGCAGAUGAAGGAAUGAAACCCAUGGGAUCCUGAUUGUGAAAUUUCGAGAGAGCCGUGUUGCUCUCCAUUCUAUGCACAAGAGCACAUAUGGGUAGCAAGACAACUGCUGCGCUCCCGAAAGGAAAGAAGCGCCAGCAUCUGCCUCGAUCUGGACACCGCAAAUCAUCUCGCGAUGAUGUCGCAUGACUUGA